AGUCGCGUCUGCGACGAGGAAGAGACACAAUGACUAGCCACCAUCCCCCCAACGUUCAAAACACACAAAGAGACUACGAACCGGAAGUGAAAACUAUCCGGAGCUGGAUAUCUGUGUUACAGUGGUACAGCAAGGUGAUCAAUAUCAAACACCUCACAGCCAUGCAUCCGCCACGCAAGCAGCUCAUCCAGAUGUCGGGUGCUCCAGGUUCCGGGAAGAGUACAAUGGCGAACCUUCUGGCGCAGUCGAUCGACGCGGUGGUCAUCAACCAUGACCUCAUCAAAGCCUUCUUUCUCGAAAACGACAUCUCGUUUGACCAGUCCGCGAAGCUCACGUAUAAUUUCGAUUGGGUACUCGCCGAGGACAUGAUAAAACAGGGGCGAAGCGUCAUCAUCGACAGUACCUGCAACUACAACGAGGUGCUGGAUCGAGGAACCGCGCUUGCUCGUAAGUACGGCUACGACUACCGGUACAUCGAGUGCCGAGUCGACGAUAUCGACCUUCUGGAUCAACGACUGCGCGACCGAGUUCCGCUGCGAAGCCAGCGGACAGCCGUGAGCUGUCCCCCGCCAGAUGCCAGUGCUAUCCGUCACGACCAAGAUCACCACGCGCUCUUUAAGAAUUGGAUUGAAAAUCCUUGCCGUCCAUCUGGCGAUACCAUCGUCGUGAAUUCGACUGAUAGCCCGGAGGACUGCCUGGCAUAUAUACUGAAGCAGAUUAGCCAUACAACUGUGGACAAACACGCAACUGGGGUCCCAGCUUUCACGAAAACGGACUGACCGUGAGUCUAUAGCAAUAAGUCGCUAUGAAUUCAGGAGCAAGUUCUCAUCCGGGGCAGUCUUGAGGAAAGAGCAGAGGCGUAGAUGGGUAUAAUUUCGCAUUAAUAUAAG